AUGGGCGUGGUUACGUCCAGCCGCGACGGCGGCGAUACGGCGCACAACGCCAUCUCUGGAGCGUUGCACGCGUACAGGUUUUGGUUUGCGACUUGUAAGGAAAAAUGGAGAAAUUUAAGGACCGUGUUUCUACGUCAUUUAAGAAAAAAAACACCUAGUGGAUCGCAAGCUGACUUUUCGAAAAAAUAUUAUUUGUACGAUGCUAUGCAAUUCCUUAUGCUAUUCAUAAAAAGCGGAAGACAACAAAAAGGUAAUUUAACAUCUCCACAACUCGAAACAGAAAUGUCGCUAAUGUCAGAUGUGAAUAUUUUUGAUGAUGUAACUGAAGAUGAAUUUCCAAACAGUAACCAUACAGUUAAUUCAGAACCUGUUCUCGAUCAAUCAACUUCUCAACCGACUCAACCUAUACAUAACAAAAUGUUGAAUAAUAUUGGCCAUCAAAAAAGUAACAAAAUAAAAACAACUAAUGAAAUUGAUGUGGACAGAUGUUUCAUCGAUUAUUUCAAUAACAAGAAACAUAAACCAAACGAUAGUGCUGAUGAAAAUUUUUUAUUAAGUCUAUUACCAGAUGUACAACAAAUGAGUCAAACACAAAAAAGGAGAUUUAAGAGGGAAGUGUUGGCUGUGAUUGAUUCAAUUUUGGAAGAACCAACUGCAUCCACGCCAUCUACAUCAGAUACAGGAAAUACUUAUUCUUCGGAAACUGACAAUUCAACACUACCAAAUCACACUGUGGAUUCAUAUAAGGAUAACGAAUUUGAU